CACUAAUUUUGGAUGAAAAGCAUGCCCAAAUUAAACUGCCUGCUACUUAUACCCAGAAGCUAACAGUUAAGCUAUUUUAACAGUUUCCACAACUGUUAAAAUAAUGUCUGUGAGUAUAACAGAACUCAUAUGGCAGGUGAAAUCCAACCAAGAAGUACUGUUUUUCCAUUGAAAGCCUAUCCACCAUACAAAGACUUAGGACACAGUUCACGAUAUCUAUGGCUUCCUCUACAUGUGGCCAGUCUUUAGGCAUCGUUUCAGGCUUUUACUCUGACAAAUGAGGGAGAUACAGCACUUUAAAUGAGAGGCCAGUGGAAAUUUCCAGCCAUGAGUCCUGCGCCGUUCUUGUUUCUCCUUUUCUAUUGACAAAGCUUUUGUCUGGUUGAAAUAUUAUUUAUGACAAAAACAACCUGAGGAUUGAUUUUAAACAUAGUAGAAACAUGUCAAACUAACUUUUAUUGUGCUUUUUUGACUUUCCGUCUUGAUGUUGAGAGCGCGCAUUGUGCCUUUGGAUUUCUGGACAUAAAGAGGGACAUUAUCGAACAUUUGUCUAACAUGGAGACCUGGGAGUGCCACCAGAUGAAGAUCAAAGCUAGCGAAUGCAGCUACCAGGUCCAGUUCCUGUAUUGAAGUGGUGUGGAAUGGAUGGUGAGCUGGGGUGGCUCCUACCAGGUCCAGUAUUGGCCAUCACAGCUACAGUUUCCAAGGCUACAAGGAAGAGCAGAAUGUGUCUCCUGACCAGGUUUUCCAGCAUCUCCAUUGAGAGAAAUCUGUGCAUCCAAGCAGAGGACACGCUGGAAAACAGAGGUCACAGGUCAGGGAUCCCUCCUCUGUUGCCAAUAGGAAAAGAGGGGCAGGGCUAGGUUGACCAGGUGAAGCAGGCAGCCAAACCUCAGACGAGCCAGGUGAUGUAGAUCCAUCAUGGCGUCCCGGGGAUCCGAGGUGAUGCAGUUGCGUUAUGACGCAGGUGAAAACCUGCCGCUGUGGGACGCGCUGGGCGUACGGCUGAGCUGUGGUUGGGGCAGCAGCUCGUCGCUACGAACAAGCUGUAGCAACGCAGUAGUAUCGACCGGACAGGCUCAGAACAGCACGAUUCUUCAAAACUAGAGCGUUGAUGGCGGUGAAUGUAUUCUCCAUCUCUUCGGCUCUGGAGAACCUGAGUCGUCAUGAGAUGCUGUCCUGGGUCAACGACUCUCUACGGCUCACCUACACCAAGGUAGAACAACUGUGUUCAGGUGCAGCGUAUUGUCAGUUCAUGGACAUGUUGUUCCCUGGCUGUGUCCUGCUGAAGAAGGUGAAGUUCUCAGCAAUGCUGGAACAUGAGUUCAUCAAAAACUUCAAGGUCCUACAGGCUUCCUUCAAGAGAAUGGGUGUAGACAAGAUCAUCCCAGUAGAGAGGCUGGUGAAGGGGAGGUUUCAGGAUAACUUUGAGUUCAUCCAGUGGUUUAAGAAGUUUUUUGAUGCCAACUACGAUGGGAAGGAGUAUGACCCUGUGGCCACACGCCAGGGGCAGGAGGGCGCCCCCUCACCCAACCCAGGCCCCCAGAGGACGUCUCCCACGGCGACCAAGACAUUCCACGCCUCCCCGAGGCCGAUACAGUCCGCCCCCAUCCGCAGGGCGAAGCCCACCAGAGCGUCAGACGCUGAGAUACUAGAACUGAACCAGCAGAUGUUGGACCUGAAACUGACAGUGGAUGGUCUUGAGAAGGAGAGAGAUUUCUACUUCAGUAAGCUGAGAGAUAUCGAGCUGAUCUGUCAGGAGAAUGAGACCAACACCAGCCCAACACUCUCCAAGAUCAUGGAUAUACUGUACGCUACUGAGGGCGAGGUUGACCUUCUCAGCCAACUUACCUGAUAAAUAAAGGAGGCGUUAUAUCACUUUGUGGAGGCAGCGGAUGAGGAGGCGCCACAUGGAACAUUUCUCCCCGGAUCAGCGCUUCAAGAUCCUACCUCUAUUUUAUUACUCUCAACCUCUUCCCUCUUCCUCCUGUCCCCCUCCUACCCCCUCCUCUCUCCCUCCUACUCCCUACUCCCCUCCAACCCCCCAGACAUGUCAGGCUAACGCUGUACACUGAAUCGGUAUGGUUGGUGUUAGCAGGAUGCUAGGCUAAUGGCUAAUGUAAAUUAGUUAACAGGGUAGCACAGAGCAAGAAUCUAUAGCGCCCUCUACAGAUCGAGGCAGGUAACACAAACUCACUAAUCUCUGAACCCAUAAAAUUCUGUCAUGAUUGUCUCGGAUGAGGGGAGACGAAACUCCCUCCAGACUCACUGGUCCAGUUCAGUACCUACCAUGUACAUAUGACCAGGGAGAUCGUUGAAGAAUCACUGCGGAAUUGGAUGUUGGGAAAUGCCUUCAGAACCGGCCACUGGGGCAACAGUGAGCGCUAUUACCAUCCAGUAGACUUGGUUUUACCUUGAGGACAGGGGUGGUUAACUAACUAAGUGUAACCCUUCAUUUAAACAUGUUGACGUUUGGCGCAAUGGGACACCACAGCAGUGUCAGAAACACUGAAAUUUGACAUUUGGAUAAACGUAGAUGAAUGAUUAGUUCUGCAGUGAGACAGAGCUUGUUGCAUAUGACAUAUCAGUCCCUGCAUUAACAAUAUGGACCAGUUGACCAGAACCAUCCGAGUCCAUUAGGACUCAGCAAAAACAAUCAGAAUGAUCAAGAAGCCAACAAUGCAGUGUGAUUAGCUGAGGCCAGUAGGAAGCAGAGAACUGCUUCUGUUCAGUAGGGAGCAACAUCCCAGGACAUUCAGAUAGAACCAUACAUUCUGCAGGUUUUAACCUCAAUUUCCAUUUGUGUUUUGAAUGAGUUAUUUAAUGUUAGCUUGGAGUGGCUAACAGGUUAGCGUGAAUCUAUUACCCUGAGAAAGUUGAAUAAAAUGUAUAUGAGCAACACUACUCCACUGUAUAUACUAAUGGAUGAACAUUAAUUUAUUUGAAGUGUUUUUUUUAGCAGCUGUUUAUGAUUGAGUUUCUUCUUGUUAGAGGCGGGGCUUAAAUAGCUAUCAGGGUUGUCAUGGCAGACCUGUGACUGACAUGCAUCGUUAGAGUUUUAUUACAGAGGCUGAAUAAACAGUGGGUUCAAAACCAGAA